GCUGGUGUGUUUGUUCAUUUUUUGCUUUCAUUUGUGGUCAUCGAAAAAAAGAAUCAAAAAGUUUUUUCGAAUUUUUAAUCUAAACUUUGAAUUGAAAAAUUAAAAAAAAAAUGUUGAUCAAAACUAUUAGCAGCAAUCUUCGAUCGAUGAUUUCAUCACGAUGUGGACAAUUGUCUCAGCUACGAUCAUUAUCAUCGGUAGAAAACAUGGGUCUUGCUGAACCAAAACAUGGCCGUAAAGAAACCGAUGAACAAUUCGAUCAACGUUACAUUCAAUAUUUUAGCCGACCAGAUAUAGAUAAUUGGGAAUUGCGUAAAGGUAUCAAUGAUUUACAUGGUAUGGAUUUGAUACCCGAACCACCGAUUAUUAUUGCUGCACUUGAAGCUGCACGUCGUUUGAAUGAUCAUUCAAUUUGUGUUCGAUUUUUGGAAGCCUUACGAUGGAAAAGUCGUUUUGAUAAAAAUAUUUAUCCAUAUUUGAUUCAAGAAAUUCGUCCAACAUUGGAUAAAUUGGGUAUCAGUACACCAGAAGAACUUGGAUAUAAUGAACCUGAAUUGGCUAUCGAUGAUUGUUUUGAUAAAUAAUUAAGUAAUUAAUUUUAAUUGUAAAAUGUACUGUGUGCUUAUUUGUUUUGUUCUUAAAUCAUUAAAAAAAACAUAUAUAGCUUA